UCACUCACACAGUGUAAAACCAUAACUACAAAACAAAGAAGAAGAAGCUUCUCAGUUUUUCACACAAAACUUCUCUCUCAUUGAAAGCAUCUCGCUUUCUCAAAAAAAAUGGGGACUCGAAUCCCAUCACACAAACUCAGUGGUGGACUCUACGUAUCGGGUCGACCCGAACAACCCAAAGAAAAACAGCCACCGACAAUGUCAUCUCGUUCUGUACCGUACACCGGCGGUGACCCAACAAAAUCCGGUGAACUCGGUAAAAUGCUAGAUAUCCCAGUUCUCGAUCCCAAAUCAUCGCAUCAUACUUCGUCCUCUCAACUCAGCAAUGGUCCGGCGAGAUCCAGACCGAGUUCGGGUCAAGUCGGAAAGAACACCAGUUCAGGUCCUAUGUCGAGAAAAUCAACUGGGUCUGGACCGAUAGCUUUGCAACCGACCGGGUUAAUUACUUCGGGUCCAGUUACUGGAUCCGGUCCGGUUGGUUCGAGUACUGGUGCGAGUCGAAGGCCGGGUCAAUUGGAACAAAGCGGGUCGAUGGGUAAAACGGUUUAUGGGUCUGCUGUGACGAGUUUAGGUGAGGAAGUGAAAAUUGGGUUUAGGGUUUCAAGGUCUGUGGUUUGGGUUUUUAUGGUUGUUGUUGCAAUGUGUUUGCUUGUUGGGGUUUUUUUGACUGUGGCAGUUAAAAAAGCUUUGAUUUUGAUUGCACUUGGAGGGAUUAUUGUUCCUAUUUUGCUUUUGAUUAUUUGGAAUUGCGUUUGGGGAAGAAAAGGGCUUUUAGGGUUUGUUAAAAGGUAUCCUGAUGCUGAACUUAGAGGUGCCAUUGAUGGUCAGUAUGUUAAGGUUACUGGGGUUGUAACUUGUGGCAGUAUUCCUUUGGAGUCAUCUUAUCAAAGAGUACCUAGAUGUGUAUAUGUCUCCACAGAAUUAUACGAAUAUAAAGGAUUGGGCGGAAAAUCAGCAAAUCCUAAACAUCGUUGCCUCUCUUGGGGUUCUAGAUACUCUGAGAAAUAUGUAGCAGACUUCUACAUAUCAGAUUUCCAAACGGGGUUAAGAGCAUUAGUUAAAGCAGGCUAUGGUGCCAAAGUUGCUCCUUUCGUGGAACCUGCUACUGUUGUUGAUGUAACAAAGGAGAACAGAGAGUUAUCUCCAAACUUCCUAGGCUGGCUUGCAGACCGCAAACUCUCUACUGAUGACCGGAUAAUGCGGCUCAAGGAAGGGUACAUCAAAGAAGGUAGUACAGUAAGUGUGAUGGGAGUAGUCCGCCGACACGAAAAUGUGCUCAUGAUUGUUCCUCCAACAGAGCCUGUCUCAACAGGUUGUCAAUGGAUCCGCUGCCUUUUGCCGACCGGCGUUGAAGGUCUUAUCUUGACAUGCGAGGAAAGCCAAAAUUCCGAUGUCAUUGCUGUUUAGUAUUGUCUGCCCCGCUUUCUAUUCCUUGGAAAUAGAUGUCACAAUAUUGAAAUGGCACAAACUGAUGGGGAAAUCGAUAUCCUUACACUACGGAAUAAGUAUUAUUUCCUUUCCACAUGCACGUUUUCGGAAGAUGCAUAGCAGAUUACUAAUAUUUUCCUAAUAAUCAGAAUACCACUUCAUUGAUAUGAUGUGAGAUUUGGAUUUGCUGCAGUUAGCAAUCUACGCGUUUGCCUAGUCAGCUCGUUGCUGGUCAUUGGAUCGAGAUCCAACAAUUUAAAUUUCAAGAUAGGUAUGUCAGUUUUUAUUUUCAAAAAAUAAAAUAAAAUAUGCAUCGAAAUUUAGACAGUUCGAACUCGAUCCACUGAUGUACUGACUGCGUGAAGCGUGGAAUUGCUUAUAGCAACAUAUCCGAAUCCAUAUUAUGUGACGAUUCGUCAAAGACCAACUAAAAGUCGUUUGAUGAUAUGAUAUCAAUGUAUCCACGAAGUUUAGCAUUGUUAUUUUUCUAUUUAUUUUAUGUACAUAGGUAGAGCUGCCCAAAGGGGGUUCAGAGUAGAUGUUUUCUUAUGUUUGAGCUGAUUUCUAGAAGGAAUUUGUUGACAAAUAUUAAUUGUCAAGCCUUGUUUAAGUUUAUUCUUAAGUUGUUAUUAUUGUGUUAUGCCAGUAUUAGUAAUUGUAAAAAUUGAAAACCAUCAAUGUUAGCACGGCAAUGUUGUAUAAAUGCUACUGCAGCUUAAAUUAAGUUUUCA